AUGUCAGACCCGUUCGUCCUCGACGCCGCGUACGUGUACCCUCUCUGUGCGCGCGCACUCGCCCUCGUCGCGCGUCGAACGCGUGGUUUCCGUGAGCCCCGUCAUCUCGCGCGCGUGCUGGACGCCGAGCUCCGCGCGCGCGAUGACGGUGAAGUCAUCUUCACCGUAGUCACGCGCGAGCGACGAAUGAUGAGCCACCCAGAACGCGUGUUGGACGGUAUUGUCGACGCCGCGCGGGCGUACGCGGACGGCGGCGUCGCAGUGGAGCUUCGAACACCGGUAGCGCUCGGAACGACGAUUCGGAUACGAAUCGCUCGCGGCGCGCGCGAUGACGUGCAGACCGAAGUGAUCGAAGAUGAAGAUGGGAACGCGUGGACCGGCCGGACGGUUAUGCAAAUAUCGUUCACGUGUCGCGUCGAGGUGGUUCAUUUCUUUCGGAGAACGUACGAAGGGUUCAUUGUACGCGCCCGCGCGGCGAUGGAAUCGACGGAGAUCGAUGCGACGCUGAUGGAGAUUGACGCGGAGAAAGACGGCGUUGACGACGCGCAAGUUCGCGUAAAACGCGUGGCGUCGGCAGGCGAAUCGACAUCGCUCGAGAAAAAGGUGGUAGUCUCUCGCGUUGUGAGCGAUAAGUCGACAUGGUGCGCGACGUGCAGAGUUGAGAUCGCACGCGUUGACAGCGAGUCGUCAAUCGAUGGAGUGAGCGUUUGGAUCAACGGCAGUCUGCUUCCCUGGUGCGAAGCCAACUUAGUUUUCGAGCACAUAUUUUGCGUUGAAGCGACGAAAUUCGCCGCCUUCGCGCUUCCACCACUUCGUCCGGAUCUCUCGCGCGAGUCAAAUCCAGAGCACAUAAUUUACUUUGCUCCGCCAACCGUGAGCGCCGAAAUUGGAGCCUUCAUUCGUCGUGUGACCGUUCACUUGAUGAACUUUCCUAAUUAUACGAAACGUGAAGACGUCAUAGCGUCCGGAUGUCCUCUCUCAGGCGUCAAGCACGGCGAGAGAACCGUCAUGCUUGCCGACUCAAUUCGAAGCGCCGGAGCAAAUUUUCGAGUGCGAAGCGAGUUGGUUAGCACAGGUAUAUUCGACGCCCUUCGUGCGUUCAAACGCGAUGACCCGUCAGUGUUCUGCGCUCCUAGCGAAAAACCGUUCAUGUCUCAGUGCGAGCGGAUCCUUGGCAACGUUCUCGGGAUUCUGGAAAAAUCCACCCGUCUUGAGACCGUACAUUUUCUGAAAAGACUCGACGACGUAGAGAACGAUUGGCGCUCGCGAGCGCUUCGAAAGCUCCAGACAUCGACGAUGUCUUUGACUAAUAAUGUGCACGAGUUGAUGUGA